UAGCGCUACUUUGCCCGCGCCGGUAGAGCAUGCAAGGGAGAGAAAUUCAACUGCGUGGUACGGAGCAGCCAGGCGGAGGCAGCGGUACCUGCGCUUUUGACGGGUUAUAUUGCAUAUUUUUCACCCGACCCGUCAAAGACUGACUGGAAAGCAGAAAACACGUGGGUCGGGUGGUGUGAAGACAUCCGGUUUGUAGGUUGCACUGAAAGCAAGCUACUCCAGACUCCACCGGCUAUGGCGAACCGAGUCAUUCCCGGACCAGAGAAGGGAGCCUUGAUGUGGGCAGUAUGAGUAAGACGCCCCCUAACAGAAGAGGGAUUACAUUUGAGGUGGGAGCUCAGCUUGAGGCCAGAGACAGCCUCAAAAACUGGUAUGCAGCCAAUAUUGAGAAGAUUGAUUACGAAGAUGAGAAAGUUUUAAUCCAUUAUCGCCAGUGGAGCCACCGCUACGACGAGUGGUUUGAUUGGACAAGUCCCUACCUGAGACCCGUUGAGCGAAUUAAACUGAGAAAGCAGGGCCUGUAUGAUGGCUCGUCUUCACAUGGUUUCCAGGUGAAUGACAAGGUUCUGGCAAGCUGGUCCGACUGCCGUUUUUACCCCGCUAAGGUCAUUUCAGUAAAUAAAGAUGGUGGGUAUCCCCAAGUAAAGGAGGUCCAAAACACAACCUACACUGUGAAGUUUUAUGAUGGUGUCAUACAAACGGUGAAGGAGAUGCACGUGAAACCUUUUGUGAAAGAGAGAGGUGGAGUUGGAGGCAAGUCUCGAUCCUCAGAAAGGAGUACAGUAAGGAGGGCACCAAGCCGCAGAGACAGGAGACCUCAAGAGAAUGGUGGUCCCAAAAACAAACGAGUCAGACGGAGCACGUCAGACCAGGAGGAGGACAGCAACAGCGACGAUGAAGGGAGAGAACAAGAGGUGGAAAACGACAAAAGCAGUAAAACAAACGAUGAACUCCAGGCUGCACAUACUGUCAAGCAGGAGGAAGAAUCGUCAGAUGAAGAAGGUCAUAGCAGGCCUGGGGACGAGGAAAAGUUGACGGGACUCACAAAUGGAGUGAAGGUUGAAAAAGGUGAAGAUCUAAACAAAGGCACCGGUCAGUUAAAUGGAGACUUGAAAAAGGAAGAUUUGGAAAACGAAAAGACUGGAAUCAAGCCAUACAGGCAAUGCGCCAAGCCAUACACAGAGACGCCUGGUCAGAACCCACCAAGAGCAGAGCAGGCUUCCGCCACAAAGACGAGCGCAGAAUGCAAUGGAAGCGUGGAGCAGAAACCAAAUGUCCAGUUGGAGAACCCCCAGACUUUGGCCAAUGCACCGCCUCCCCAGCCUGUAAAGCCUGUAAGGAAGCAGGGCUUCCACAACCCUAACCGAUUCAGCCGAGAGCCAUUGUACAGGGUCAUCAAAAACCAACCGCCUCUGGUUCUGUCCGUUAAUCUCGACCACAACCCGUUUAAGUGCAGCGCUCCAGGAUGCACAAAGUCAUUCCGUAAGGCAAAGCUUCUGCAUUACCACAUGAAGUACUAUCACGGCGAGGAGCAACCUAUGGAGGGGAAGCACAGCCCCACCAGGAGCGUCCAGACCAGGGCCUCUGAGAAACACACGGCAGCUGUUCCUUUGGAUGCUUCAAAGAGAAGGCGCACCAUCUCUGCUUCUAUGCACUCGACUGUGGGGGGUGCAGCUCAUCGUGGUGAUGUGAAGACUGCUGGCAGGCGCACAUCCGCACCACCUGCAGUAAGCACGCAUGGUCAACAGCAGAGGGCGCUGCUGAGGGAGAAGAGCAAAGAGAACCAGCUGGACAGGAUCAGCUGCCAGCUGCAGGACUCAGACAAGGGUGGCUUUGACUUUGGGUCUGUAAAAGACAAAACUAAGGAGAAACCAAAACAGAAGGACUUCCUCCGCAUUAAACUCAAGAAGAAGAAGAAGAAAAAGAAAGCCAAGUCUGACCACACAGGUAGUGAGGAGAAUAUUGACAUUUCAGUAUUGGGUCUUCACUCCAAAUUGAAUUUGCAACUCAAACCCCCCCUCUCACACAAUCACAAACCCGAGGCCUACCCCAGCAGGCCUGGACACAGCUUCUCUGAGCAGAUACAUGUGGAUGACGAGGACAGCAUAAGUGACUGGUCCACUGACAGCUGCGGGUGGAGCGAUGAUGACUUCGACAUGGAUUUGGACGUCACUACUCCACCUCUUAGCACAGACUCUGGUGCCGUGGACACAAACGAUCAAGAAAUUGUCCGAUGUAUCUGUGAAGUGGAGGAAGAGAAUGACUUCAUGAUUCAGUGUGAAGAUUGUUUGUGCUGGCAGCACGGCACCUGCAUGGGUCUGCUGGAGGACAACGUCCCGGACAGAUACACAUGCUACAUCUGCAGAGACCCUCCAGGGCAGAGACAGAGCCUGCGCUAUUGGUACGAUCGAGACUGGUUAACCAAUGGUCACAUGUACGGCUUCUCCUUCCUGGAAGAGAACUAUUCGCAUCAAAAUGCUAUGAAAAUCACCACCACCCACCAGUUGUUGGGAGACGUGCACCACGUGGUGGAGGUCCUUAACGGGCUGCAGCUCAAAAUGAGCAUCUUGCAGAACAACCCAGACCCUGACCUACAUUUGUGGCGUCAGCCGUGGAAACAUUUGGAGAGGUCUCGGACCGGUCCUGACUGUUAUAAAGAUGGCAGCAUCGUCCCGUCUCCUGUGACGCCCAGUGAGGACAUGAGUCGAGGAGAGAUCUUAAUGUCCAACGCUCUGGAAAAGCUCAGCCGCGCCGCCACAGCGGCCACCUCUUCUUCAUCCAGCUCCUACUCCCCUUUCCCAUCCUUCCAGGAUUCGUACAUCAACAGCGACCACUGUUACCAGAAGCCGCGGGCAUAUUAUCCGGCUGUGGAGCAGCGCCUGGUGGUGGAAACCAGGCAGGGCUCAGAACUGGAGGACAGUUUGAGAAGCACAGAAGAGCUGCUGGAACGGGAGCAGUGCUACGGCAGCCUGCUGGAGAUGGAGAAACCGAAGAAAACGGGCAUCAGCAACAAGGCUUCUAUGGGGGUCGGCUUGUGGUCACAGGCUGAGAAAGAGGAUGGAAGGAACUCUGCAGAGACUGGAGACAUCAAGCAGCUGCAGCAGUGGCAGAUGAACCUGCUGGAUCACAUCGAUGCAGUCCAGGAAGAGGUCUCCCACAGGAUGGACUUCAUUGAGAGGGAGUUGGAUGUGCUGGAGAGCUGGCUCGACUACACUGGAGAGCUGGAGCCUCCUGAUCCCCUAGCACGUCUGCCUCAGCUCAAACAGCGCAUCAAGCGGCUGCUUUUGCAGCUGGGCAAGGUACAGCAGAUUGCCCUCUACAGCUCCACAUGAGGGCGCUAGAGAUCUGCGUCAGUAUCAGUCACUGCACAGUUGGCUGGAACCCUGAUGUGUCGGAAGCUCACCGGUCGCAAAGAUACCUGCAUAAGUGCAAGUCCCAGAUUUAGGUGGUUCAGCAGAUUAUCUUUGACCUCAUAUGUGCUUCAGAAUCCAGUGCUGCAUGCGGAUAGAACGUUCGUGUGAACAUCUGGAAAGCAUGGCGGAUCAGGAUGCAACACGUAAAAUAACCUCAUGAAAACAGGAGAGAACCCCGUGGACCAGAAUACACGUUCUUAAUGUGUGUCUCAAUGCAACUUCAAACCUUACGAUUGCCUUUUGUCUGAGCUACUGCUAAGGUUGCCCGUCUCUCUCAGUACACAGUGCUUUAUACGCAGGAGCUUUAUAAUCCAGUUGCAGUCGAGUACCUGAACCAGCUCUUUGCAACAGCAUUUUGAGCACAUCUUCAAAUGGUCUUUUGCAUCAACUGCAUCACUAAAUUUAGUUCUGACAUACUAUGUUGAAAUCCUUGCCAUAAAUGUCCGUAAAGUUAAAAGAACCUGUAUAAAGGUUUUUCAUUUUCUGAAGGGUUUGUUUCUCAUUGCACUGUGAAGUUAUUUUUGUCUGGCAUGAAAGGAGAUUCUGUUUUUACCUCCGUUCCUCUCCGUCUACUCAUUCAUGUUCCCGUUUUAUCAGUUACUGUACCCCUUUUUUAAUUGACCCUUUGUUGGCGCUGUAGCAUUUGAUCUGAGAUUCAGUGAGAAAAAGUAACGUGGAUUCUUAAACUAGCAUCUUGUGUCCGUAUGGAAUAUGUAGAAAAAAUCAAACAUUUUUUUGGUUUUUCCCCUUCCCUUUUCAUUUGCUAUAUUUUGGUUGUUUAUAUAUUGUCAUUCACAAAUGUAUUCCGAAUUGACAAUGUUUUCCCAAACACAGAUCUUGUGUAAUGUGUGUGUCUUAGAAGCCGGGAAAAUAUUCAAGACAAUGCAAACAGAUUUUGACACGUUAAUAAACUACCGUUGUAAUUAAUGA